AUGGAAUUUUUAGAUCAAAAUAUACCGAUACAAGUUUUGGGAAAUUUUUGGAAGCCACCGAUGAAAAUUCCACUUGAGUUACCUGGCGAGCUUCAGCAUAAUAUUACUAUACUUUGGCAAAGAGUUCAUCUUGUCACAAGCCUGUCUUCAGCAAUUGAAGAAGCUGAGAUUGGUGAUUUCCUCGUUAGAUAA